UCCGCUAUUCGUGCAUAUGUUGAAUGAAGCGAUAGUUUAAUAAAAUGGAGGUAUAACUUGUCUAAGCCGCACGUCCGUUCUUAGUGGCCUGUGACAAAUAAUCAAAUCGAGAUGGAAGUUGAUAAUCAAAGUGAAGACGGUGAAUUAAAAAAGAGUCCUGGUAAAGAUAUCGAAGAAUUUAGUUUCUCUGAAGAAGAUGGUGCAGACACAGCAGAUUCCCUAGAUAUAAAACCACCGCAAGCAGUAAUUAGACACCAUAAAUCCAACUCGUCACGCAGACGAGAAAAACACAGCGAGAGGAGAGAUCGCAGGGAGGAGAAGGAGCGGAAGUCUCGUCAUCACGAGCGUGACGAUGAGAGACACAGAGAUAAACGCAGACACCGCAGGCAUGGUAAUGAUGUCUUGGAUCGAACAGAACGGACGGAUGGACCGAAAAGAGAUAGAGAUCGAAUAGAGAGAUCAGAGAGAAUUGAUAGUGGACACAGUAGAGAUAGAGAAUCGCGGCAUGACCGCAAAGAAAGAAGCACCGGCGAUAGAGUUUUAGAAGAUUUGAGAGAAAGGAAUAAUAUCAGGUUGUUGGAUAAAAGGCGAGAACGGCGUGAAGAGCCUCGUGAUGUCCGCGAAUACAAAUCUGAGUCUCGCCGAGAGAUCCGAGUUGAGGAAACGCGUGAAACGCGGGAACCACGUGAGAGGCGAGAAAUCCGCAUAGAAGAAAGGCGUGGAGAGGAUCUCCGGGAACGACGUGAUGUUCGAAACAUGCUUGAAGAUCUUCGAGAUCGUCGUGAUGUUCGCACUGAAGAGCGAAGACAUGUACGUCCAGUGGAGGACCAUUUUUCAGAAUCAGAAGCUAUGGAAAGACCUGAAAAACGGCACAAAAGAUCGCACAAGCAUGAAAAAAAUCGUGACCGAGACAGAGAGAAAGUUGAAAGGGAUCGAGAGCACAGAGAGAAGCAAUUGAGAGAGGCAAUGGACAUCACUGAUGUAGAUGAUGGCGAAGAUAUGGAUGUUGAUGAAAUACCUAUGCAUAAUAAAGACCCGAAAGAAAUGAGUGAACAGGAAUUGAGGAAAGAAAGGUUGUUGGAGGCCGAUAGAGAAAUGGCGAGGAGAAAAGAGGUCUCCAGAUUAGAAUUGGAGGCUCGACGACUAAAAAGAGGAGAAAAACGGGUACAUAAUCCAGGCCCUGAUCAGGAUCAGGAUCCAUCUAUAGUCGAGCUGUCCGAUGAAAGUUUAAGUCCAGAUGCAUCAGAUGAAGCGCAAUCAAAGUCACCUGAAUCAAGGCAUUCGUCAGAAGAGCAGGUGGAAAGUCCACAAGAAAGGUCGUCAGAUCGCCCUUCAACUGAAUCAUCAGAAAGUACUAGCGACGAUGAUGACGAAUCUAAUGAUUCGAAUAAGGGAUCAAAUGACGAAUCAAACGAUGGAUCAGACUACAAUAAUCCAAGUCCUUUGUCUGUUGAUCGAUUAGCCAAGUCUGAUCAUUCUGACGGAGAUUCUCCUGGACGUGUUGAUUCAAAUGGAGCAACAAAAGACGUUGAAGAAGAAGAGAAGCCAGAAAAAGAGGAGGAACCUCUCAUCCCACCAUAUUUACCUGCCAUUCAAGGAUGUCGAAGUGUUGAGGAAUUCCAGUGCUUAAACCGCAUAGAAGAAGGAACGUACGGUGUUGUUUAUAGAGCAAGAGAUAAACGAACAGAAGAAAUAGUAGCGUUGAAGCGUUUAAAAAUGGAGAAAGAAAAGGAGGGCUUUCCAAUCACUAGUUUACGAGAAAUUAAUACCUUGUUGAAAGCACAGCACCCGAAUAUUGUUACCGUUAGAGAAAUCGUCGUCGGCAGUAACAUGGAUAAAAUAUUCAUAGUCAUGGAUUACGUUGAGCACGACUUGAAGUCUCUCAUGGAAACUAUGAAGCAAAAAAAGCAGGUCUUUAUUCCUGGUGAGGUGAAGUGUCUCAUGCAACAGCUUCUACGUGCUGUGGCGCAUUUACAUGACAACUGGAUACUUCACCGUGAUUUAAAAACUUCCAACUUGCUCUUGAGCCACAGAGGUAUCUUGAAGGUUGGAGAUUUCGGCCUUGCCAGAGAAUAUGGAUCCCCACUAAGGCAAUAUACACCUAUUGUCGUUACCCUGUGGUACCGAGCUCCAGAGUUGCUUCUGAAUGGAAAAGAAUACAGCACACCUAUUGAUGUCUGGUCUGUAGGAUGCAUAUUUGCAGAGUUACUACGAAUGGAGGCUCUCUUUCCAGGCAAAUCCGAAAUAGACCAACUCAACAGGAUAUUCAAAGAAUUGGGAACUCCAAGCGAACGCGUAUGGCCUGGUUAUAACAAAUUACCAGUAGUUCAGAAAAUACCAUUUUCUCACUAUCCUGUAAACAAUUUACGUCAAAGAUUUAGCAUGUCUUUGUCAGAUCUUGGGAUUGAAUUACUUAACAAAUUCCUCACCUACGAUCCACAGCAACGUGUCACAGCAGAAGAUGCUUUGAAACAUGGUUAUUUCACCGAAGCACCAUUGCCAAUCGACCCAGCUAUGUUUCCAACUUGGCCAGCUAAAUCAGAGUUGGGAAUUCGAACAGCUAAUGCAUCGCCGAAACCUCCGAGUGGUGGAAGGGAGUACAAACAACUAGGCGAUGGAGAUGACGCAGAUAUAAGCUCCUCCGGAUUUCAUAUGGGACUUUUAGAAAGAGGUAGAGCUCCUCCAGUCGGUGGUGGCUUUCACUUGAAAUUUUAAUUUAGACGAUUACCCAUUUUCAAGUUCCACUGAUACGGAACAGAUCUUUAGAGUGGGUUCAGCAAUGAAACGUGUAAUAAAUGCAUAAUUUUACCGCGGCUUUUCGUGAAAAUAACGGUGGUUAACAAAAUUUGAGUUUCUUUUUCUGCCACAUACAUCCGGCAAACUGAUCCUAUUGGAUUUGUGACUAAGCGACUCACUUUGUAAAAUCCUCUAUAUUUUAGACACUCAACUCUCUUAUGUUACAAAUUCGACAUAUUUCCUUUCUAAAUAAUUUAUUUACGUGAAAUGUUUCAACAUGAAAGGACUGAACGCAUUUUCUGUCUUUACCCAAUAAGAGUAUUGCGGUAUACGUAGUCUACGCAAAAUUAACAUUACAAAGCGUAAGGAGCGAAAGUGAUUCUUAUUCGUACAGCGUCGUUCUUAAUCAGUCUGAUUGAAGUAAAGCUUGGUAUUCAAUACUUGAGAAUUCGGAAAACGUGCGCAAAAUUGGAUACAGUGGUUUCGAUCCUGUAAUAUUAGUUUUUUUUUUUGUUUGCAACAACUGGUUUAUUAUCCGGCUGUACAAGACUAGAAUUAUUCUAAUAUCAUCAUUUUUAUACUAAUUAGUUGUAAUCAGCACAAAAACAUAAAUCAGUAUGCGAAGUGUUGACGAAAUCUUACUGUAAUUCAUUACGAGCAGCACUUUGACACUGACCAUUGAUUGUGAUUCCAUGUAUAAUAUCAACCUAUUUCAUGUAACUAUAAUAAAUACGAAUACGAGAUAA